AAAAAAGGAAAAAAGAGCGCAGGCGCAAAAAGCAACGGAGCUCUAGGGGAGCAAAAAGAGAAGAGGAACUCCUCCGAACCCUAACCCUUUCCCCCCUUCUCCUCCCCUCCCCCUCCCCCUCGGAAUCCGAUCCCCAUGGAUGGGAGAUCCCCGAUCGCGAUCGACUCCCCCGUCUCCGCCGCGCCGCGCCGAGCGAUUCGAGCCCCGCCGCACCCCAUCUCGCCCCAUCUCGGCCCCCGCCACCGCUCUUAGCGGCGCUGCUCCACUCUUUCGCCGGAGCUCCGGUGACCUCUCAUGCCCCCUCCGCUAAGCUCGAGGAGAUCGGUUUCGGUUCCGCGGGAUCGGCGAUGAGGGGUCUCGGCCGUGGGAUUCGGCCUCGCCACUGUAGAGGAUUGUUAAAAGAUUCCCAAAGAAUAUUGUUGUUGAAUUAUUUGGUGACUCUGUUGUUUGUGGAACUUAUUGCUGAAGCGAAACCGACCGGUUAUACAUCAGAAGUAACACUAAUAGCUCCUGAUGUUUCUCCUUUACAUGGAUGGCGACCGCUUAAAUCCAGACGAGCAAGUUUCACCAUCGUCGAUUUAAGUCAAAAGAAAAUUUUCUCACCACAAGGUGUCCCUUCACCUGCACGGGCCCCUAUUCCACCUCCAAAUUAUGGCUCGCUACGGGUAGUUGGUCUGCCCUCUUCGAAUUCCUUGCGCUUAUCUAAUCCUUCCAGGAAGCAGGACCGACGUUCAGAUUCGGCACUUGUUCCUUCACCUGUUACUGGUGCCCAUUCGGAUUCCAAUUCCAGUACAGUCCCUUCUGGGUUUUCGCAGCCUCCGUUGGCUCCUCACACUGGCUGUUGUCGGCCAAACAUGGUGCUGAAGCGUGGAAGUAAAGAUUGCCACUGUGUCUACCCCGUAAAAGUUGAGCUUUUUCUUCGUAAUGUUUCUUUGAGUUCAAAUUGGAGCAAUGAAUUCCUUGAAGAACUUGCUUCUCAGCUCAAUUUGCUUGUUAAUCAAUUGGAGAUUGAUAACUUCUAUGUCGUUGGUGCUUCUGGACUAAAUAUUACAAUGGACAUAGCCCCACAUACAGGAAUUAGUUUCUCAGCUGAUCAAGUUAAUGUGAUGAAUUCUUCACUUGUCCAGCAUAAUGUUCGCAUCAACCCUGAUCUAGUUGGUGACUACACACUUCUUAACUUAACUUGGUUUAGACCACUGGCUCCAUCUCCCGCUCCAGCACUUCCUGUAUCGCCUAUGGCAUCCCCACCCACAAAGCCGUAUGUGCCAAAACCAAUUAAAGAUCCUGGAGAUGAGAAGCAUUCCAAUUUACUUAUUGUUGUUGGCAUAUGUGUUGGUGUUCUCAUUGUUAUUCUGAUAAUUGUUUUAAUAAUUUGCUCCUGUGCAUCUGGGAAAGGAAAAGAUGAGAUACCAGCCAAAGAAACAGCCAAGCCUAGGGCCCCGGAUGCAGUUUCUGUAGAAGGAUCUAUUCCUCACCCAACAAGUACACGGUUCCUCCCUUAUGAAGAACUCAAAGAAGCAACAAAUAAUUUUGAACCCGCAAGUUUACUUGGAGAAGGUGGUUUUGGUCGUGUUUUUAAGGGCGUGCUCAGUGAUGGUACUGCCGUUGCCAUUAAAAAGCUAAGCAGUGGCGGCCACCAGGGAGAUAAAGAGUUUUUGGUGGAAGUUGAGAUGCUAAGUAGGCUGCACCACCGGAAUCUUGUGAAGCUUAUUGGUUAUUAUAGUAGUCGUGAGUCUUCACAGAACCUGCUAUGCUAUGAGCUUGUUCCAAAUGGAAGCUUAGAGUCUUGGCUUCAUGGUCCCUUGGGAGCUAACUGCCCUUUGGACUGGGACACCAGAAUGAAGAUUGCACUUGAUGCUGCAAGGGGGUUAGCCUACCUUCAUGAAGACUCUCAGCCAUGCGUGAUACAUAGAGACUUCAAGGCAUCGAAUAUAUUGCUUGAAAACAACUUCCAUGCCAAGGUAUCCGAUUUUGGCUUGGCCAAACAGGCACCAGAAGGACGAGCCAAUUAUCUCUCAACUCGUGUCAUGGGAACAUUUGGGUAUGUAGCACCAGAAUAUGCAAUGACAGGACAUCUACUUGUAAAGAGUGAUGUGUAUAGUUAUGGUGUGGUUUUACUUGAGCUGCUGACGGGAAGGAGGCCUGUCGAUAUGUCGCAACCAUCUGGCCAGGAAAACCUCGUGACUUGGGCUCGGCCAAUACUUCGAGACAAGGAUAGACUGGAAGAGCUAGCUGACCCGAAACUUGCGGGUAGGUACCCGAAAGAGGACUUCAUCAGGGUCUGCACAAUCGCGGCCGCCUGUGUUGCAUCAGAGGCGAACCAGAGGCCAACGAUGGGCGAGGUGGUUCAGUCUCUCAAAAUGGUUCAACGCGUGACAGAAUACCAAGAGAACGUGCCGACCCCAUCCGCCCGACCAAAUAUCCGGCAAUCUUCCACCACCUACGAAUCCGAUGGGACUUCAUCUAUGUUCUCUUCCGGACCGUUUUCAGGCCUAAGUCUCUUUGACAAUGAUAACAUUAACAGAACAAAUGUGUUCUCUGAAGAUCUUCAUGAAGGUAGAUGAAGGGUUGUGGGAAAGUUACUAGUGAGCUGAUCUCUGGGGCUUGUAAUCAAACUUGGGAAGGGUGCGUGGGCAGGGUUUUGUGGAAUGAUGCUUGUAUAUGUUUCAUUUUCUUCAACACCCAGGAAGUUGUAAUGUUUUUCUUUUCCCCCUUUUUUCCUCUUUUUUUUUUUUCUCCUUUUCCUUCUUGUUCAUUACGAACAACAACCAUUGGUUCUGCUUCAUAGUUACUUGUUCAAAUGUUGUGUUCUUUGAUUCCUGGGUUCUUUUUUUUGUUUUUGUAUUCUCACAUGUUGUUUAUUGCCGAUAAAGAAUAGCAUGAAUGAAAUUUGUUGCAAGCUUAGAUUGAA